GUCACCUGAUAGUGCAGACAGGAAAGUGUGCUAAUGUUUACAACCGUAGGGCUGUCAAUAUUUGUUUCGUAAACUUGGAUUUUGUCGAUGUUUAAACAGGAAAUGAUAAAACAAGUCAAUAAUGGCGCGAGAUGAAUUACGUUUUAUCUCAUUCAGGUUUUCCUGAAAUGUGAGUCCCAUGGUUGCUCUUGAUAUUCUCUAUUACACAGUGAAUCUGAGCUGGCUCUCCAGGUAGAAGGAAAAUCUCAGAGGGUAAAUUAUCUCGUCAAACAGUGUACUGAUGGAGUGGGUGUUCAUCAUGAACCGGAUGAGCUCUCAGGGUAGCUCUGCAGCCCAGCGGAGGCGGAUGGCACUCGGGGUGGUGAUACUUCUGCUGGUGGAUGUCAUCUGGGUGGCCUCCUCUGAGCUAACAUCGUAUAUUUUCAAGCGGCAGGAGUACAACAAACCCUUCUUCAGCACAUUCACAAAGACCUCCAUGUUCGUUCUGUAUCUGCUGGGUUUCCUGCUGUGGCGACCCUGGAGGCAGCAGUGCACGGGCACCCUGAAACGGCGGCACUCUGCAUUUUUCGCUGAUGCUGAGGCCUACUUUGCACCCUGCUCCACUGACACCACUGUGAACAACUGUUUGAGUGAGCCGCUUUACGUUCCAGUGAAGUUCCAGGAUGUACCUGCGGAGCAUUCAAACUGUUUAAUAGGAGACUGUGAGUCUGCAGCCUCCAAAAAGCAGCGGGUUCGCUUCAGUAACAUCAUGGAGGUGCGUCAGCUUCCCUCCACUCAGGCCCUGGAGGCCAAACUGUCCCGCAUGUCGUACCCAGCUGCCAGAGACCACGAGGCCAUGCUGCGCACAGUGGGCAAGCUCACCAUCACUGAUGUGGCCAAAAUCAGCUUCUUCUUUUGUUUUGUGUGGUUCCUGGCUAACCUGUCCUAUCAGGAAGCUCUGUCUGACACACAGGUCGCCAUUGUCAACAUCCUGUCAUCCACGUCAGGCCUGUUUACGCUCGUCCUAGCAGCCAUAUUUCCCAGCAACAGCAGCGACCGCUUCACCUUGUCCAAACUGUUAGCCGUGGCUCUGAGUAUGGGAGGUGUGGCCCUCGUGAGCUUCUCCAGCAUGGACAAUCCUGAUGGAAAAGGUGUCACAGGUUCUUUGUGGUCACUGGCGGGGGCGAUAUUGUACGCCGUCUACAUCGUGAUGAUCAAGAGACGAGUGGAUCGGGAGGACAAGCUCGAUAUUCCCAUGUUCUUUGGGUUUGUGGGUCUGUUCAACCUUCUGCUGCUGUGGCCUGGCUUCCUCGUGCUUCACUACACGGGGUUCGAGGCCUUUGAGCUUCCCAGCCAGCUGGUGUGGACCUACAUCCUCAUCAACGGCCUCAUAGGAACUGUCCUCUCCGAGUUCCUGUGGCUCUGGGGCUGUUUCCUCACGUCGUCUCUAAUUGGGACUCUGGCAUUGAGCCUCACCAUCCCACUCUCUAUUAUUGCAGAUAUUUGCAUGCAAAAGGUACGUUUCUCGUGGCUGUUUUUUGCCGGGGCGGUCCCUGUCUUCCUCUCCUUCUUCAUCGCCACGCUCUUAUGUCACUACAACAACUGGGACCCUGUGCUGGUGGGGCUGAGGAGGGUAUACGUCUUCAUAUGCAGAAAACAUCGAAUUCACAGACAGACGGAUGACAGCGAGCAGUGUGAAAGCCUGAUUCCUCUACAGACCGUCUCUCCGAGCGGAGGAAGCUUCUGCUCGUGAUCCUGCACUCCAACACAAAGUUGCGUCCGUGGAUCUCGCUGAGCUGACAGUAUGGAAGCUUUCAGAGACAUUGAACUACCCCAGUGCCUCCUAUCAAAUCUAUUUAUUUUCUACGGUGUUCACUUUUACAAACUCGUUUUUAUUUUCACAUUUCAGUCAUCGCAGACUGGAUUCUGUUUUAACUGUAUUUAUGUUUUCUGUGGAAAAAAACAAAACAAGAACCUUUACGGUGUACACACGGUGCUGGACAUUAUCAGUGAUGACUGUGAUGUCGUGACCAAAUGAAACGGUACAUAUUGAACUUUAUUAUAACACUCACAGCAAACGGAGUAACUGUGGGAUAACCUGUAAGAGUCUGAAGUAGAGAUGUUUCAGUAUAUUUUAGGACUUCUUUGUGUUUGUCUUGAGGCCUUUUUGAAGCCUUGCUGCUUGUUGGUAUGUGUGAAGCAGAAACAAUGCAUUCUCCCAGUUGCCAAUCUGUCCAUUCAUGUGAAAAGUUUCUCUGUCUGCCUUUUGAUGAAGUGAAGCUGCGUUCACACGGACUCAGGCUGACGAUAGAUGGCAAACUACCGUAGAGAUCAUUUUAGAGGAAUCAAUAACAGGAUAGAAAGAUGACAUGCAGCCAUUCAGAGUUCAAAUAUUUCAAGUUUGUCCCGACCUCUGCAGAAUUUAGACACACUCAGAAAUCAGGGGGAUUUAAUCAACAAAAAGCUCAUUCUCCUUUCCUUGGAGUGUAACUCCAAUUUAAAGUUAAAAAAUCAAAUAUGAAGAGAAAGCUGCAAAAUCAUUUUAUUUAACAUAUUUAAGAAGUAUUUGUAAAAAGUAGCUAACUUGCUUUAUAACCUCAUACUGUACAUGACUGCAUCCAGCAGGUGAUGUCCGUCUGUCAGCCUUUCUCCAUGUGAGUGCAGCGUCAAACUUUUUAAGAGCUUUUUAAAAGUGUUGUGCUCGGCUGCAGCAUACAUUUCAUCAGCUCGAUCGGUAGAAGUUAAUCUAGAGAGCUGUUUUAGUUAUUUCACUGUCAUUUCUACGGGCUUGAUUAUUCCUGAUUCUUGUUUUUCAAACGCCAAACACCUCAUAUGAUGAGCUAAUGUUUAUGACUGUAUUGUUUUCAUGACCUGUCACCUGAAAGAAUCAGAAACGCACCUCAGCACAGAGUUCUUGUUACCCAGACUGAGCAGCUUGGGUAAUGAUAGAAAUAUUUGUGUUUUUUUUUCUGAGGAAUGUUCCACCUGCUUCAGGUGACACUAAAACUGACUUGAAAGAAUUCAACAUUCAAAAAUCAAUCUGAAAAAACUAUGUUGUUUUUGUGUCAUCUUGGACGAGGCUUCAUCACAGACUGUUUAUAAGAAGAACAGAGGUUGGGUUCAGAUUACGACCCUCCUGUCGUGUUGGUAGCGACUUUGUGUUUCGGGGUAGCUAUACCCUAGAAGAAUCCUGAUCUCCUCUUUUAACAUCAACAUGACCACAAUUUACAAAUCGAACAUCACGCUUUAUCAGCAAAAAAACAAAAAAAGAAAGUAGCUAGCGGAGGUAAUAUAAGGAGUGAAAAGUUGGGCCAUUUUCUCAAACACUCAGUUCAACAGUCUAUGGUCCAAAUCAGUGGUAGUCAACUCGUCUAGCCUCAGGACCCACCACCAACUCCUCCAUGCAUAAUUGCGACCUAAAUUUCUGAUAUUUUCUGACCAAUCAGAUUUGUAGCGACUGAAAAAUUAUGCAGUUUAAACAUCAGUUGGUUUGAAACGUGUGACAGAAGCAAGAAACUGAACAAAAGAAACAUCUUUAAAAGCUGCUUUUUCCAGGCACUCAUUUGCGACCCACUGAAAAUGGCUCUGUGGCCCACCUCUGGGUCCCGACCCACCAGUUGAGAACCGCUGGUCUAAAUGAUCUUUUGACCUUUUAAAGUCUGAAGUGAAGCUCAAACCACAGCUGAAAAACAAAGCGUCAUUUCCUUAUUCUACCACCUUGUCUUGUUAGCGAGCAUGCCGGUGACAGUGCUGGAUCAUGAAGACAAACGGUGACGUUCACCUUUGUGUUUGAAUAUAAACUGACAGAAAGAAAGCUGUCAUCUAUAAGCUAGAAAAUGCCUUUAUGGAAUAACGUCCGUCUGCUUGUAUGAGCAGCUUUCAGCACAGAGACACAUAAACAGAGUAUUGUUGUUUUGUUUGUGAAACCCAGAUGACCACUACAGAUCAUGUAUCAUGUAUAUUUUGUGUAUAAUUGUGAAAGAGUCACAAAACAGCCAAAUGCUCUUUUACUUAAAUUGCAACUGAGAUUCUCUCUUAUUAAUCUGACUGUUGUACGUAAUUUCUUUUUGAUUUAUCUACUGUUUGAUUUGAUGUGAUCAUAAGAAAGCUUUUCUUUGAGUCUGUCAUCAUGUAAUCCAGGGUGUAAACACUACAGCUGAAGGUGAAAUGUCAAUGUUGUCCCUCUCGUCCUGUCGACAUCUUUAUGGAGUGUUUUGAUUGCACUCGAACAUGAAGAGGAGGAAGUAAAAAAAAAUAAAUAAAAAAAACGACCUGUGAGGGUAAAGGAACGAGUUCAGCUCUUUGAAAUGACUGAAGUGAACUCGGCUCUUCAUGUUCAUCGUUGCACUUGCUGUGUGUGUUUUUUUUGACAAUUGGUCCCUCCUUCAGUCACGACUGAAAACAUUUUUGGAUGAUUAGUUUACGAGUUGUAAAGUCUCCCAUGAUGCCUGCUUUUAAUCUUCUUUCGAUGGUGCUUUAAGAAUCUGCAUUUUUUCUUUUUCUUUCUCAGGUUCUUUCUUUUUUUCCAUAUCUGAUUUAUUUCUUUGUCUUUUAAGUGUCAUAAAUGAAAAUGUUUAUAUAUACAGAAGGCUGUAAAAAGUGACUUCCCUUUUAUCAACCUCAGCUCUUGAAUAAUACUUUUAUUAAAGUCUGUUUUCAUACAUAAACAUGUCGUUUUAAAUCUGAGAUAAACUGCAAAUCUACAGGACAA